AUGUCAUCAAUGUCAAUAAAUAACAACUAUAUUAAAGAAAUAUGUCUAAGAAAAGUAUUUAAAAAUAAGGUACUUCUUCAAAAGAUAUUGAAACAUGUGAGUGAAGAUAUCAAUGGUCAUUCAGUUCAAGAUGAAAUAUUCUUGUUUUCAAAGCGAAAGUACAAUCAUUGGAACAAAGCAUAUGAAAUGAUUAACAACAAUCAUAUUGGUUUGAUUGUUGAUAAGAUUAAAACAGGUCAAUAUUUUGAGAUCUCAAGUUAUGACUUGUCAAUUUUUUGUAUAAAAGUUACAGAUCUCAAUCAAUUUAUGUUGGUUUACAACAAGUACAGAGAUACUUUAUUCUUGUCAAAAGAUUUGAUAUCAAAUGCAUGUAGAGCUGGUAACAUUGAAAUAGUAAAGAUACUUCUCAAUCAAACAUUUCCGAUUCUAUUGAAAAGAGAUGGUGCAUUUAAAGGUGCUUUGCUUGGUGGUCAUAUUGAAAUUCUCGAUUAUCUCUUGGAAAAUGGAAUCGAUCCUGUAAAUGAAUUGGAUGAAAAACUAAUGGAUUCGAUAUUGCAUCAUACAAAGUGUCAAUCAAUUGAUUGGUUAUUCGCUAAAUUUGGAGAGGAUGUUAUCAUGUACAAGUUCAAGACUAGACUCACCCAAUUACAUUAUAAUCCAACAUUAAGAGAUGACAAUGUUUUUGUCUAUCGAUUAUUAAAGAAACAUGGUUAUACAUUUGGUUCAAAAUUAAUAGAGCCGAUAUUUAACGGUAGUCUCUCUCUGAGCAAUGCUAUGGAACUUUUAUCAUAUCUCAUGGUUAAUAAAGAGAGUAAUCAUCUUGGAUUUGCUUCGGAAACAGACACCAAUUACCUCUUAUCAAUGAAAGAUAGUGUAAUCAAUCAAUUUCCAAUUCAAGAAUCGUCACAGAUUGACAAUCUCUGUUAUAAUCUCAUUCUACUCGAUGUAAUGCAUUAUCACAAAUUUAAUUCUAUUGAUAUUGUUGGCAAGACAGUCUCACGUAUCAUUAGAAUUAAACUUCAAUUGGCUGAAGAAUUAAAUAUAUCAAACCAAACAAUCAUCGAAGACAUUCUAUCGAAAAUCGUAUCGCUCAGUAUGAAGGUAGAUGAUCGUGGAAAUGUAGAAGAUGAAACCAAUGUUCGAAAGACAUUAACUUUGUUGUUCAAUCAUGGGUCACGCAAUCAAAUAGAGUAUCUUAUAAAUAGAAUGGAUAUCGAUCGAUCUAUUUUGCAGGUACCUCUUCAAGAAUGUAUUUAUCGAUGUGUUUCAUCACUUUUCGAAAGGAAAGAUGGCAAUCUUGCAAUUGAAAUGGUUGAAUACAUGAAGAGACUUUUCAUCAAACAAGGUCUAAAGUUAUUCAGAAACUUUAAAGAAGAUCUUAGAAAUCAUGGUAAUUCUUGUAUAAUAUAUGAAAGAUCACAUCAAAAAGCAGGAUCUAAAGAAUCAAUUCUUUAUCUCAUGGAUAAUAUUGAUGGAUGGCAAGUAGAUAUUCAUGACUAUGAUACUACUGCGCGAUUUGGUUCAUUCAUAUUCGAUCAGUUGGUAAUUCGUGGAAAGGUUGUUGAACAAGAUGGAUCGCUUUCAAAACAAGCAGGUCAAAUCAUUGAAAGAGCCAAUGAUAAACAACAAUUGGAUAAUAUUGUGAAAUAUGAAGGAAUCAUCCAAGUAACACGGAAACAAAGAGGAUGGGGAGGUGGAUGGAGAAAAAAUGUGCUUGGUAGUACCAUUAAAUAUGCACCAAUUCUUCAUCGAAUGUUUCUUGUUGAUUGUUAUAUUGGAACUUAUCUUUAUUUUCAAGUACAAUCAAUAGAAUUCCUCCAUUGGUUGUCCAACAAUGCCAAGGAUUGUCUGAAAUUCGAUGCCAAGUUAAUACAAGAUCCAGAAUUGAUCUUCAAUGUUUUGAAGAACGAACCCUUCUCAGAUCUUAAUAUCACCCACUUUAAUGUUGAAGAACUAAUGACAAAGAUACAACAUCCAGAUUUCAAUGGAAUCAAGUUUUGCGAGACAAGUUGUUAG